AUGGUGUGGACGCUUUUCACUCCUGAGAAGAAAAGGAGGAAGGAGGAGGAGGAGGAUGAGGAGGAGGAGGAGAAGGAGGAAAAGAAGGAGAAGGAAGAGGAAAAGCAGGAUGAGAAGAAAAAAAGGAGGAAGAAGGAUGAGAAGAGGAAGAAGUAA